CCCGAGCCUGCGAGCGGGAGGGGGCCCCAGAGGGGCUCCGGCGAGCUCAGCGGCGAACCCAGCCCGCGGUCGCUGGGAUCCUGCUGCGGGGCCGGCCAGGGGCUCGGCAGGAGUUUGGCCGCCGCGCAGCCACCCCCGGCCGGGGGCUUUAUUUGGGGAGGGGGUGGGGGCCGCGCGUCGCGUAGCGAUGUCAGACCCGGCGGUGAACGCGCACUUGGAGGGCAUCAUCUCCGACUUCGAAGCUCUGAAGCGAUCUUUCGAGGUCGAGGAGGUAGACCAGUCUCCAAACUCCUCCACGCCGCAAAGACGGACCCCGAACCCUCUCCUCAGGUCCACCGUAUCCAGCUCCACACAGAAAUUCCAGGAUCUCGGUGCCAGGAAUUCGGAGACACCUGCCAGACAUGCAGACUCUCCAGGCCAAAGGUCGCCUAAGUCGGCUCUGAGGAGAGUGGAGCUCUCCGGACCCAAACUCCCUGAGCCUGUGUCACGAAGAACAGAAAUCUCCAUUGAUAUCUCAUCCAAGCAAGUGGAAAACUCCACUCCAGGGUUAUCAAGGUUUGGCCUCAAGAGAGCAGAGGGGCUGGGGCACAAACCCCCUGAGCCCACCCCAAGAAGGACUGAGAUCACUAUAGGCAAGCCUCAGGAGCCCGCUAUCCGGAGGAUGGAAGCCCCCACCUCAAAGAUCCCGGAGCUGCCCCAGCGGAAAGCUGAGACAGCCAGUGCCCCUGUGCCAGACGUUGCCACCAAACGGGUAGAAAUCCAGGUGGCAAAGUCUCCAGAGGUCCCAGUCCCACCUGUCAGGCAAGUGGAGAAUUUGGAGCCUUCCUUGGCCAGUCAACAUCUCCAACCAGAAUCAAAGCCGCAACCAGUAAUGGUUGAAAUCCCUCCAAAGAGUCCAGAGGGUCCAGAGGCAGUUCCCAGUUACACGCCCAGCAUGACGGACACCGCCAGAGACACCGGCCUCAAGCAGGCGGCACCACCGCGGCCCGAAAAGCCGGCGCCCGACUUCAGCUACGUCGGGAUCGACGCCAUCCUCGAGCAGAUGAGAAGGAAAGCCAUGAAGCAGGGAUUUGAGUUCAACAUCAUGGUAGUUGGUCAGAGUGGCUUGGGGAAGUCCACGUUAAUCAACACUCUCUUCAAAUCCAAAGUCAGCCGGAAAUCCGUUCAGCCAGCUUCUGAAGAGCGGAUCCCCAAAACCAUCGAAAUAAAGUCGAUCACUCAUGAUAUUGAGGAGAAGGGCGUCCGUAUGAAGCUGACUGUCAUCGACACCCCAGGGUUUGGAGACCACAUCAACAAUGAGAACUGCUGGCAGCCCAUCAUGAAGUUCAUCAAUGACCAGUACGAGAAGUACUUGCAGGAGGAGCUCAAUGUUAACCGGAAGAGGCGGAUCCCAGACACCAGGGUGCACUGCUGUAUAUACUUCAUCCCAGCCACCGGCCAUGCCCUCCGACCGCUAGACAUCGAAUUCAUGAGACGCCUGAGCAAAGUGGUGAACAUCGUGCCAGUCAUCGCCAAAGCCGACACGUUAACGCUGGAGGAGAGAGACUACUUCAAAAAACGGAUCACGGCCGACCUGCUCUCCAAUGACAUUGACGUGUAUCCCCAGAAGGAAUUUGAUGAAGACUCUGAGGACCGGCUUGUGAAUGAGAAAUUCAGAGAAAUGAUUCCAUUUGCAGUGGUGGGCAGUGACCAGGAAUACCAGGUUAACGGGAGAAGAAUUCUUGGAAGGAAAACAAAGUGGGGCACCAUUGAAGUUGAGAACACGACACACUGUGAGUUUGCUUACCUGCGGGAUCUCCUGAUCAGGACACACAUGCAGAACAUCAAGGACAUUACCAGCAGCUUCCACUUCGAAGCCUACCGAGUGAAGCGGCUGAACGAGGGCCGGAGUGCGCUCUCCAACGGCGUGGCUGACCAGGAGGCCAACGAAAUGUAACAGUCUCGCUCCGACGCCAGGACCCAAUGCGCUCGCGCUCUCGUUUCUUUCCCUCCCCCCUUUAUUUUUAUAUAAUUCUUCUGCCACCGCCACCGUCCCCCUCCCCCGCGCUGCCGAUGUUAACUGACCAAAUAACCUGAUGCCGUAUCUAUCGUGAAGAGCGUGGUGACUGCCAGGCCCCUGGCGCUGCCCGUCUCGUGGCGCAGGGGUUCCGUUCUCAGCUCCCGUUGGGCGUAGCAAGGGGAAGCUGGGUGCUUGGACAGGAUGGCAGGGGAGGGAGUAAGGGGAGGGGAGGAGAUGACUGUCCCAAAUCAGAAGUCAGUCUCUAUUUAUUCUCUAACACUAGCCCAAAGUGUAACCCCAGGGUAUGUGGAAGAGCCCUCUCCUCACGAA